CUCUGGUGAAGAGAUGGCGUUUGGUUGAUGGAAACCAUCUAUCCAUCCACUCAUUCACAAACUUACCUGUUAGUCCUCCCAAGAGUCAUCGAAGGAUCUAUCAGAGAGUCCACUCACGCAUGUUUCCAUCUUGUAACCAUCCAUCCAUCCACCUAUCCACCCAUCCACCCGUCCAUCCAUCCACCCAUCCAUCCAUUCAUCCACCUGUCCAUCCACCCGUCCAUCCAUCCAUCCAUCCAUCCAUCCAUCCAUCCACCCGUCCAUCCAUCCACUCAUCCAUCCAUCCACCCAUCCAUCCAUCCACCCGUCCAUCCAUACAUCCAUCCACCCGUCCAUCCAUCCUCCCGUCCAUCCAUCCAUCCAUCCAUCCACCCAUCCAUCCACCCGUCCAUCCAUCCAUCCAUACACCCUUCCAUCCAUCCAUCCAUCCAUCCAUCCAUCCAUCCAUACAUCCAGCCGUCCAUCCAUCCAGCCGUCCAUCCAUCCAGCCGUCCAUCCAUCCACCCGUCCAUCCAUCCAUUCAUCCAUCCACCCAUCAAUCCAUCCAUCCACCCGUCCAUCCACCCGUCCAUCCAUACAUCCAUCCACCCGUCCAUCCAUCCACCCGUCCAUCCAUCCAUCCAUCCCCCGUCCAUCCAUCCACCCGUCCUUCCAUCCAUCCAACCAUCCAUCCAUCCAUCCAUCCAUCCACCCGUCCAUCCACCCGUCCAUCCACCCAUCCAUCCGUCCAUCCAUCCAUCCAUCCAUCCAUACAUCCACCCGUCCAUCCACCCGUCCAUCCAUCCAUCCAUCCACCCGUCCAUCCAUUCCAAGCGUCCAUCCAUCCACCCGUCCAUCCAUCCAUCCAUCCAUCCAUCCAUCCAUCCGUCUCUCCACCCGUCCAUCCAUACAUCCAUCCACCCGUCAAUCCAUCCAUCCAUC